AUGGCAGUCAAUACGUCAUUUUGCUAUGAGUUCAUGAAAUCAAUCCCUCAAAUUGCAACAUUGGAUAUUUAUGAUCUCACCAAAUUUCUGAUCAAUUACGAUUUUCAAAUAACAUUAGAUUUGACGAAGCAUUUCCAGUCACUCACAAACAACACAACAGAUCGCAGUUCUAAAGAUUCCUAUAAGUUAUGUUUAGAUCUUUUUAGUCUUAUUGAUCCGCUUGAAACCGCUCUUAAAGCUUUAGCAGCCAAUGACUAUGACACUUUAAACACGAACGUUGGUGUUAUGUCUCAAUAUGCAGAGGAAUGUGGAAGCGAGCUGUCAAGUAUCAUCAAGCCUAUUUCAAAACUUUCGAAAGGGGUUUCUAUUGUCGAAAAUGUAUCUGACAUUGUUCUUGUAAUUUCGGAAUAUUUUUUAAGAAAAAAAAAAAUUCGAUGUAAGAAAUCAUUACCCAAAUCUAUAAUAAUGAAUUAA